AUGCAGCUGGUCAUCCUGGCCUGGCUGUUGUCCAUCGCUGCGGCCGCUCCCUCCCCUUGCGAGUCAGAGAUGAACAAGAUCAAGGACCUGCUGCAGGUGAGCUGCGAGGACCGAGGCUUGACCGCCCUCCCUGCGGGGCUGCCUCCGGACACCGGCCUCCUGUUCCUGACCUCCAACUGCUUCGAGCACUUCUCUUUGGCCACCUUACUGCCGUUUGACCAGCUGACCGAGCUGGACCUCUCCAACAACAGCCUGGCCACCUUGGAGACCCAGGCCAAGUCCCCACUGGCGGCCCUCCAUAGCUUGUUUCUCUCCCACAAUGCCUUGGGCUCCUUGCCCGCCUUGCACGGCCUCCCCGCCUUGACCCGCUUGACCUUGGGCCACAAUGGUCUGGAGAGACUGCCCGAGGGGGGCUUCAAGGAGGUGAAGGGCCUCCAGGAACUCCAGCUGCAAGGAAACCGUCUCCGGCAAUUGCCCACCGAAGUCUUCCGAGGUCUAUCCGACCUGAAAGACCUGGACCUUUCGGACAAUGAGCUGGAAGAGCUUCCGGCGGAGCUGCUGUCCGGUCUGAGCGCACUGGAGAUCCUGCGGCUGGAGCGGAACCGCCUGCGCCACGUCCCAGAAGGCUUCUUCCCGGAGGAGAACACCUUCGCCUACGUCUACCUGGUGGGAAACCCCUGGCGCUGUGAUUGCGACCUCGUCUACCUGCGGGAGUGGCUGAACGACAACGAGUUUGCCGUCUACACGCGGGCCCAAGUGGGCGAGAAGGAGGUCACCGAGAACGAGCCCGAGAGUGUCCGCUGCCAGGCUCCGGCCAAAGAGAAGGGCACCCCCGUUAUGCACUUCCAGUCUCAGUGCCGGACGCUUGGGGACAGCGAUGGAGGGGCGAAAGAGGAGGAUGGAGGAGAGGAGGAGGGUCAUCCCAGCAGCCCCUUGACCACCACGGCGUCCUCCACCAUGGCCGCAAUCGUCCCCACAACUACCAUGACACCACACUUGACCUCUGCCAUGCCCAUUGCCACGACCUUUGCUCCCAAGACCACAGCUCUGACCCCAGGUGUCCCCUCAACAAUGUCUGCUAUCCCUUCGACGCCUACAACAAGUACUAUGUCCUCUCCAAGGUUCACUACCAGACCCACCACCCCAAGGCCUCCAGCCACAACUUUUGACCCCAGCACCACUCUGACCCCAGGUGACCCCUCGACGACUUUCACCACCCCUUCGGCACCUAUGACCACCACUACAUCCCAACCAUGGUUCACUACUGGACACUCCACCACAACAGCCAGCACCACUAUGAUCCCGGAUGAACCCACAAUGACUUCCACCACCCCUUCGGCACCUACAACCACCUCUAUGUCCUCUCCAAGGUUCACUACUGGACACUCCACCCCAAGGCCUUCAGCCACGACCUUUGACCCCAGCACCAACACUGCUCUGACCAUGUCCUCCACUUUGGUGCCUGUGCCCACAUCUGCCUCCUCUCCAGAGACCACAACUGGACCCUUGACCACUUCUAUGCCCACAACCACAUGUGUGGUCCCUCCCGCCCCCACUGCCCACUGCCUCUGCCCAGCCACUGCCCACCAUCGCAGCCCCCUCCGCCACCGCCGCCCUCGUCUGACCUGGGGAGGCUGGCUGUCCAGCCACUGCUGCCCGCUCCGCCUGGCGCUGUACUUGUUCUGCCUGGUGUUGGUGGCCCUGCCCUCCUUGGCCCUGCUCUGUGUCCUGUGCUGCGGCCAUCACCCCCACCGGUCAGCCCUCCAGCACACCCCAGAGGCCCACCUGCUCAGGUACCAGCCGCUCCGGGCAGAAGUGGAGUCUCAGGAACCAUGGGUUGGUGGCGGAGCAUUGUCCGGGCACCCGACCUUCCGCGUCUGCAAGACCUUCCCGGUGGGCCAUGUCUCCUGGCUCCUGGUCAGUCUGCCGGCCAAACCAGCCAGGUCAGAGAGGUCACAGAGGGAGAGUCGACUGUCCUGCUACAGUGUGGGUCGCGGGGGAGACGCCCUGGGGGCCGUGAGGGUCCGCUAUACCACUGCCUCCUUAUAGGGCUCUUCAAUGGGGGUCUCAGGGCUGGGAGGGACCCCCAAAGGCCAUCUAGUACAACAAACAUCUCCUGUAAUUGGGGCUGAGAGUCCAAGGGUCUCAGGACUGGAAGAGACCCCCAAAGGCCAAGUAGGUAGAAUAAUUAAAUAUAUAGAAUCAUAUAGUUGGAAGAGACCAUAUAUAGAACCAUAGAAUAGAUUAGAUACCACUAUUUACUCGAAUCUAAUGCUCACCUAAAUGAUCUCGGCCAAAAUUAAGGCGCACAUUAGAUUCACAUAAU